CACAGAGGCAUUGUGUGUGUGUGUGUGUCUUUUGUCUGACUCUGUUGAAUUCGUUCCGUUCAGGCGACAUGCUGAGGCUAAUCACUUUGUUUUGUCUUCGUUGCCGUGUCUUGUGAAGGUAAACUUAAUUUCUAACUGCUGUUUACUCUCCCUCCCCUCCCUCACCUCCUCCCCUCUCCCUUCCUCUCUCAUCCAGCUCCACACGGACAUGGACAGGAAUGAUGGACGCACAAAGUACGUCCUGCGAGGCGAGGGGGCGGGAUCGGUCUUUGUGAUCGACGAGAAGACGGGCAACAUCCACGUCACCAAGCCGCUGGACCGUGAGGAGAAGGACGAGUACCGUCUCAUCGCCACGGCCACCGACAGGCAAACAGACCGCGCCCUGGAGCCCUCGUCGCAGUUCAUAAUUCGGGUUCAGGACAUCAAUGACAACCCGCCUCUCUUUGAUGAAGGCCCCUACAGCGCCACGGUGCCUGAGAUGGCAAAUAUAGGAACCUCCAUUAUCCAGGUGACAGCCACAGAUGCUGAUGACCCGACCUACGGGAACAGCGCCAAGCUGGUGUACACACUGGUGCAGGGACAGCAGUACUUCUCUGUGGACCCCCAGACAGGUAUUCUACGUACUGCAGUACCGGACAUGGACAGGGAGGCCCAGGACACGUACCUGGUGGUUCUCCAGGCCAAGGACAUGGGAGGCCACCUGGGCGGACUAUCCGGCACCACCACGGUCACCGUCAAGCUCAGCGACGUCAACGACAACCCUCCCAGGUUCACCCAGAGUAUGUGGUCCUUCUCCGUUUCCGAACUGGCCGUCGCCGGGGCUGAGAUCGGACGCAUCUCCGCCACGGACGCCGACCUGGGUGAGAACGCCAGGAUGGAGUUCACCAUCCUGGAUGGAGAGAGCGGGGACACGUUCAACAUCACGGGGAUAAACCACGAGGCCGUCAUCGUCCUCAAUAAGGUAAGACUGCAGUCUCCAACAUCUGGCUCGGGGGCCUGUGCUGGCACUGACAGGAUUGGUUAGCGUUAGCUUCGUUUAGCCUUUCGCUCUGGUACAUUAUGGCUAAAAUUGGAUUCUUUUACAACACAUAAAAAAGUUCUUUUUUUUUAUCCUAAUCUUUUUUAAUUAUACGUUCAUUCGACGAAUAUUCAAAGCAGUUUCAGGUUUUAGUGAUUGUUUUUUUUUCCAACUCUCCUUUUAUUUCCACUGCAUCCUCUCCUCUGUCGUCAUUUUCUCGGCGAGGCCAUUAGCCUGUUGUUGUGUUGAUGCUAACGGCAGCUUCAGCCUUGUAAUAAUGGGAGAACUCUUUGUGUUUUCCGACUCAAAAACAACAAGGGAGGGUGAAAUGGUUGGAAGGAUUUGGUCCAAAAAAACCGACUGGCCUGGAUUUAAUUGCUUUGGCAGUCGGACAGAAGCAUCCGGAGCUUCUGGAGGAGCGCUCGCCUCCGGGGGUUUGUACGUUAUUGACUCUUUAUGGCCCUCCCAGAAGAAAAGACUUGAGUAAGGAAAAGAAAAGUGAGGAGGAUGGGGUUG